GGCCGUUCCUGUGUUCGUAUGAAUAGCAAGGAUCGCAGGGUUUUUCUCUUGUUUAUUUCCGCUGCUUCCUAUUCAUCUAUCUCCCCAUACUCUCGGAGGUUCUGAGCCAGACCAACUGCCAGAGUGAGUGAGUGUGAAAAUAGAGCAAUGGGAGCUUAUUGCAACGACAACCUCCAUCCGUCCUCGAUGCAAGCCGUCGUUUCCUCCGAAGAUCUCAGGCUCUCCAAGCACGUCCACGAUAACGUCCACGGCAACAUUUACCUCGACCCCCUCUGUUUGAAGUUUAUUGAUACCCAGGAGUUUCAAAGGCUUCGUGACCUAAAGCAGCUUGGUCUUGCACACUUGGUUUAUCCAGGUGCUGUGCAUUCCAGGUUUGAACAUUCUCUUGGGGUGUAUUGGCUUGCAAGUGAAGCCGUUCAAAAGCUUAAAAAUUAUCAGGGUUCAGAGCUUGGAAUUGAUCACUUUGAUAUUCAAACAGUGAAACUUGCAGGGCUUCUGCAUGAUGUGGGCCAUGGGCCUUUCAGUCACUUGUUUGAACGCGAAUUUCUUCCUAGGGUUCUUGCUGACCAUUGGUCUCAUGAGGAAAUGUCCGUGAAGUUGGUUGACUGUAUUGUUGAUGAGCACCAUAUUGAAAUUGACCCUGAAAUGAUUAAAAAAGUCAAGGAGAUGAUACUGGCAAGCUCUAACUAUUCCCUGCCAAAAGGUUCAAGGGAGAAGCGUUUCUUGUAUGAUAUCGUUGCAAAUGGCCGAAAUGGAAUUGAUGUGGACAAGUUUGAUUAUAUCAUUCGUGACUGCCGAGCAUGUGGUCUUGGAUGCAACUUUCAGUUUCAGAGGUUAAUGGAGACAAUGCGAGUAUUGGGUGAUGAGAUUUGCUAUCGUGCUAAAGAAUACCUUACCGUCCACAAGUUAUUUGCCACUCGGGCAGAUCUGCAUCGAACAGUUUAUACACACUCAAAAGUCAAGGCAAUAGAGCUUAUGGUGACAGAUGCACUGCUAAAAGCAAAUGAUUAUCUUGAGAUUUCAUCGUACACUCAAGAUCCUUCCGAGUACUGGAAGCUAGAUGACACAAUACUUAAGACUAUCGAGACCGCUCCAAACCAAGAACUAAAGGAAUCUAGGGAUUUGAUCCUGCGUAUUCGCAGCAGGAAUUUGUACCAGUUUUGCAAUGAGUAUGCUGUACCAAAGGACAGACUAGAAAAUUUCAAAGAUGUCACUCCUCAAGAUAUCAUCUGUUCCCAGAAAAAUGGUGGAGUGAUACUAAAGGAGGAGGAUGUUGCUGUUAGUAAUGUCAGGAUUGAUUUGACACGUGGAAGGCAUAAUCCUCUAGAGAGAAUCAAAUUUUUCAAGGAUUAUGAGAGUGAUGAUAAGUUCCCCAUACCUGAUGAUCGUGUUAGUCACUUGCUACCUACAUCAUAUCAAGAUAUGAUAGUGAGGGUGUAUUCUAAAAAGCCUGAACUGGUGAGGGCAAUUUCUGAGGCUUUUGAAAAUUUCCAGUUACAGACGUAUGGGAUUAAAGCACAAGUUCAUGCAACACCAGAGAAGAAGAAACAACGCCAUCUAUAAGGUUACCAUGUUGUGUUCGCCUUUAUGUUUUUCUCCAAGAAUAGAAGAAUUAAGAAAUUUUUCGCCAUUCUGUCCUGUCUUUCUGUCAAGCUUUUCGCUGUACUGAAACUUCGUAUACAAUUUAAACAUCACACGACACAAUAGGAUUUUUUAAGGAGUGAGUUUCACCCUCUGCACUGUCCUUUUGUCAUUGACUCAUUAUGUUUUAUGAAAGGAUAUGCUCCCAUUGUGUAGUAUAUAUUUGUAUA